UCCCUGGAGCGGGGUCGGGACCGCCACCUCCCUCGCAGGCGGGCAGGGCCGGCCCGGCCGGGCUCCCCCGCUCCGGCGCAGGGUUAGCCGUGUCCGCUCGGCCCGUGACUCCCGCCGCGGGCGCUCCCUGCCCGAGGCUCGGCGGAGCCCCGCGGGGCUGUGGAAGUUGUGCUCCCGGCACUCCGUCUGUUGGGCCGGGGUCCUUUUAUUUUCCCCCGUCCCCGCGGUGUGCGAACUCUCUGUGGCGGCGGUUUUUCACGCAGCAACAAGCAGGUCGUGACAGGUCCGCCCCUGUUUCCUGUGUGUUCCCAGCUCCGCGAUCAUUUAAUCAAUUCACAGUAAUUUCAUCAGCUGAUAUUUUGAAUAAAAAGGAAAAAAAAAAUGAUGUCAAGACAGGCCUUCCUCUGCAGUUUGGGAUCUCUGUAUCUGUCCCUUCUGUUUGUGUUUCUUCUAAUGGAUGUUUAUGCAAGGCCUGCAAAUAAUUCGGCCCUCAAAGAAAAGCCAGCUGACAGUAAAGAUGAGAAUGAGAUCUUGCCCCCAGAUCACUUGAAUGGGGUUAAAAUGGAGAUGGAUGGACAUCUUAACAAAGAAUUUCAUCAAGAAGUUUUUCUAGGAAAAGAGAUGGAAGAGUUUGAGGAAGAUUCAGAACCUAGGAAAAAUAGGAAGAAGCUCAUGGUUAUCUUUUCAAAGGUGGAUAUAAAUAAUGAUAAAAAGAUAGGUGCGAAAGAGAUGCAGCGCUGGAUCAUGGAAAAGACAGACGAACAUUUCCAGGAAGCUGUGGAAGAGAAUAAAAUGCACUUCCGAGCUGUAGACCCUGAUGGUGAUGGCCAUGUGUCCUGGGAUGAAUAUAAGAUUAAAUUUUUGGCAAGUAAGGGCUUUAAUGAAAAAGAGAUUGCAGAGAAGAUCAGAAACAAUGAAGAGCUGAAAAUAGAUGAAGAAACACAGGAAGUUUUAGAUAACCUGAAGGAUCGAUGGUACCAAGCUGACAACCCACCUCCUGAUCUGUUGUUGAAUGAAGAAGAAUUCUUGUCCUUUCUUCACCCAGAGCACAGUAGGGGAAUGCUGAAGUUCAUGGUGAAAGAAAUCAUCCGAGAUUUGGAUCAAGACGGGGAUAAGAAACUUACCCUUUCAGAGUUCAUUUCAUUACCUGUUGGUACUGUGGAAAACCAGCAAGCUCAAGAUAUUGAUGAUGACUGGGUAAAAGACAGAAGGAAGGAAUUUGAGGAGGUCAUUGAUGCUAACCAUGAUGGUAUUGUCACAAUGGAAGAGCUGGAGGAAUAUAUGGAUCCGAUGAACGAAUACAAUGCCCUAAAUGAAGCGAAGCAGAUGAUAGCGGUAGCAGAUGAAAAUCAAAACCAUCACUUAGAGCUGGAGGAGAUCCUGAAGUACAGUGAAUACUUCACAGGCAGCAAGCUUAUGGACUAUGCACGUAAUGUCCAUGAGGAGUUCUGAUCCUGCUCACUUUUCCAGAGCUCUGAAGCACUUUCUUGCUUUAAAAAAAAAAAGAAAAAAAAUCCAACCCCGAAACAGACAGAAAGUUAUUUUGCUGCUAUCUGUGUUAUAUGCCUACAGUGUGUUGUCCUAGACUUAAAAAAACCUUCCGUCCAUACAUAAGAUCUACAGCUCAGUUGCCUUUGGCCCAUAAGUAAUGCGGCAGGUACUGGACUAUGUCAGUUCACCCUCGUUUGUACAGUUAAUCCAGCUGAAGUUUCAGCUGCUUUUGGCUAAUGAUAUUUGGUGGAGGCUUCUUAAAUAUUUAACUCCUCUUGUUGCCCUCAUAGCUGCUGAUCCAUGGAAAUGACAAAUAACACUGAAAGAUGUUGGCUUCUGUAAAGGGGACUGUGGUUCACAUAGAUGUGUUCUGACCUCGUGAGAAUAUCCGUACAGAGACUGAUAGGCUAAUCUUCUGGUAUUGUUCUCAGUGCAUCUCAACCUACUCAUGUGUUGUUGAGAAUUUAAUACAAGUUCCCCCUCUGUCACUGGACUAUCUUUAGGAGCUGUGAGGAAGAACAUAUUUUAAAUGUUAGAGAAACUCUUCUGCACCUACUCUAAAAAGAAAACUGGUUAGUGUGACAGGUUUUGUGUUUGCAGCUGCAGUGGGAAUGUGAGAGACUUGAGAUUGCUUACAUCUUAAAAAAUCAAAUUUCGUUCUAAAAUGAGACAAUGGGGGCGGUUUCUUUGUGGACUUAAAGAUGUGACACAGAGCAAUGGGAUUCACCUAAGUGUAUGAUUAACUAAAAUUCAUUGUUAAAACUAGUAUAAUUACUUGCCUCUCUGCAAAUUAAUAAUGCUGUUGAACUCAUGAACAGUGAAGUUGGGAGAAAUCCAGGCUUUGCUUUUGAACUGCUUUUGCCAGAGCAGCGUACAGUCAGUGCUUGGGAAGCUUUUUAAUCAGUCUGGUUUUGGGUAAUCUCUGAAAGCAUCUUACAACAGAAGGGUCAUAUCCACUACUGUCUAAAAUAGAAAAUUUAUUUUUAGUCUAGUUCCAUCUUACUGUAAAACCCCCUCUUUCUGAAGGGUUACCUGAAAAAUCCAAGUGAGAUGUUAUAUUUGAUUAAAUUUAUUCUCUUAAUAUAAUGUAAAUAUAAGUAUUGCAGUCUUUUUCUGUUUCAGUAUUCCCCCUCUCCUUUUUUUUUUUUUUUGGUGUGUUUUUGUUAAAUGGCUUGUAUCAAAGUCUUUUUCUAUACAUAUAUCUUUUUUCAUUAAAUAUUUUUCUCCAUGCUUUGGAAACGUU